UUGUUUUGAUUAAUAAUCACUUAAUAUAAUUGAAAACCCAUUUGUAUUGUUAUUAUACAGUAUUUUCAUUGAAUAAUAAUAAUAAUAAUAUGAUAACAAUAAUAGUUAAUAAUAAUUAAUAAUAAUUAAAUCAAUCAAUUGAUCCAAUCAUUGAUUGAUUGAUUGUUGUGUUGUUGACCACAAACAACAACAACAACAACAAGUGUGACGACAACAGCCAUCACAACAACCCGUCUCUUCACGCGUGUUGUCUCUUAGUGUGUGUAUUGUCCACAACAUCGGUGAAGAUCACAUCCAACUGUCUGUGUGUGUGAUCAUCACCUAAAUUGGAUCCCGUCGUCAAAAUGAUGGCAUCCAUUGAAAAACAAUUGCAAAGCCUAAGACAGCGGCUAAAUAUGGAGAACGAGACGGCCAGCAGCGGCGGCGGCGGUGGUGGUAGUAGUAGUAGCGGUGGCGGCGGCAGUGGUGGUCAAAACGGGUCCCAAAGCGGCGGACCGAACAGCCAAAAACAGUCGCCAUCGUCUGCAUCAUCGUCACCGCAAGCAGGAACUGGUGGUUCUCCAGGCGGGUUUCGGGCGCCACCAGCCUUGGCCACUGCCAGCCAUCAUCAUCGCCAGUGGACACCACAACCGGUCCAACAGUUUCCGAGAAGACAGUAUUCGUUGAGCGCUACUCAACGUCAGAGUAAUACUAAUUUACAAUUGAAUUUAAAUCAAGACGUUUCGGCAGCCGUCGCCGCCGCCAACCGUAAUAAUAAUAAUAAUAAUAUUCGCCAAAAUGGAUCCCAAUCGCAGUCACUUAACGCUCAAUGUCUUAGUCCACGGCCUCGUCCGCGAAAUUUACUGAUUGGCAGCAACUUUGGCGGUGAUGGUAGACCUGCAUCGCCGUCGCGUAGUGUCAAACCGCUAAAUCUUGGUCAGCCCAGCGGUGGUGACCAUCGAAAUCAAUGUCCGCCAAUGCAGGUGAUCAACGAUUCAAAGUUUAACAAUACUAACGACGACCAGAAGCUCAAUGAGAUGUUCAGGCAAAACAACUUUGUGCUUACCAUCGAUGGCAAAAAAUAUGCCGCACAAGACACUGAACUCGACUAUCUUGACGAACUCGGCUCAGGUAGUUGUGGUCAUGUCGUCAAAAUGAGUCACAGACCGUCUGGCAAAGUGAUUGCCGUUAAGCAAAUGAGAAGAAGUGGUAACAAAGAAGAGAACAAACGAAUUACAAUGGAUUUGGAUAUACUGCUCGCCUGUCACGACUGUUCCAAUAUUGUCCAAUGUUAUGGCUAUUUCAUCAAAGACACUGAAGUCUGGAUCUGUAUGGAACUGAUGACCACUUGUUUCGAUAAGAUGUUGAAGAAGUUUAAGUCGCCGAUACCCGAACCGAUUUUGGGUAAAAUAUCAGUAGCUACUGUAAAAGCGUUAAACUAUUUGAAAGAUAAUCACGGAGUCAUCCAUAGAGACGUUAAGCCAUCAAAUAUAUUGAUCAAUGAAAAAGGUGUCGUCAAGCUGUGCGACUUCGGUAUCAGCGGUCGUCUUGUCGACAGUAAAGCCAAAACCCGAUCGGCCGGUUGUGCCGCUUAUAUGGCCCCCGAGCGUAUUGAUCCACCCGACACAUCAAACCCAUCAUAUGAUAUCCGAGCCGAUGUCUGGAGUUUAGGCAUAACAUUAGUAGAGUUAGCGACCGGUAAAUUUCCAUAUCACGAAUGUAUUACCGAUUUUGAAGUACUAACAAAAGUGAUCCAAGAGGAUCCGCCAACACUUCCAGCCGAUAGAGGAUUUUCACCAAACUUUUGUAGUUUUGUUAAGUCAUGUCUAACAAAGGACUAUAAAAAGAGACCCAAAUAUAAGAAACUAUUGGAACAUCCAUUUAUCAAGUAUUACGAAAAAGUUGAGGUCGAUGUCGAGCAAUGGUUUACUAAUUUGAUUCGCAUUGAAAAACUAAUUGAAUCGGAAUUGAGUCCAAUGAUUGACAAUUGAUUGACUGACUGACAGAUACAGACAGACACACACACACACACACACACACACACACGCAAAGCAUUAUGUAAUUAAUAAUUAAUUAAAUAAAUUAAUGAUUUGGUU